UAGAGGGAGUAGCGGGGCCGUCAGUUUUUAGCCCCACAGCUACCGCUCGCAGCAGCAGAGAGCAGCCGGCACAGUGAUGGAAGGAGCAGCCAGGUACCUCUAGGAGGAAAGUUUCCAUUACCGGAGUCUGCAGGAGAGCCCUGAUCCCCACCUAACAUCACCCCCCACCGACUGGGUUUGUGGAAACAAUUAAAAAUAAUCUCUGUGGAAAUCUCCUCGGGUUGGACAUUGGAGAAGGAAUUUCACGAGCAGUUGAAAAAAUUAAUCACUUUUGUUAGGAUCGUAAACCUCGAGCCGAAAUCAUCGCCAAAUGAAUUCAAACCAAAAGGGACUAAUGCGUAGACUAUAAGUCCUUCAUUCUUUACUACUUUUAAAAGUGUUAUGUCCCUUCAGUUCUUUCAUACUUUAAUGGGCAGCCUAUUGUUUCUGAAUGAGAGAUGUUGGUGAGACUUCUCAGUGAAUUUUAAAAUUUAGAAAAAAAUCUAAAUGUAAAGGAUUAAGAGCAAAGUAUAGAGGUUUCCCUUUUAAUUAAAUUCAGCCCAUGAGCCCAGUCGGCUAGGGAAACUUUAUCUUGAAGCUUAAAAGAUUAGGUUUCAUUUUAUUCUGUGGGCUUGUGGAGAGUUAUAACGCUCGUAGUCUGAGGAGUGAAUGUCAAGUGGGAUUCUCCAUUUCUGAAGAUGACCAGAUUGGAACUGGAUAAUAUCUUAGACGCAGUGUACGGUGGAGUGGACCCCAGCAUCUCUGGCAAUGGUGGAGAGGAGUGUGCUGCCUUCCUGUCAGUUGGUCAGCGUACCCUGGAGACUAUCAUCAUGAUCACUGUAUCCUUGCUGCAAAUUCUGUUGGCCUACAGGAAAAUCAGAGGUGUUCAAGAGGAUUGGACAUUACAAACAUCUUCACAGGGACGUGAAGGGACUCUGGGGAGAAACCUCCUGCAAGCUGCCCUAUGCCUGAGCUUUGGGUUGGAGAUUGGAUUUAAGUGUGCGACCAAAACUCUCAUCUACCUGCUGAAUCCUUGUCAUGUUGUUACUGCCCUACAGAUAAUCCUACUUACUUGUCCACCUUGCCCUGCUGUCUUGAUUCUCUUCAGGUUACACCUGCACAUGUUGAAUGGACCUCUUCUGGCAUUGCUCUUCCCUGUAGUCAACACUAGACUGCUUCCGUUUGAAACUGAGGUGUAUUACAUUCAGCACAUUCUGAUGUAUGUUGUCCCCCUCUAUCUGCUGAGCAAAGGUGAUAUCUACAAACCAGAGCCGUUGGGAGACUUCUGGUGGCCACUGCUGGCAACGGGUAUUCUAUUUCUAUAUCACUACACUGUUCUUCAGCCCCUAGGACUGGUCACCACAGUGAAUUUGAAUUGCAUGCUGUGCCCAGCUGUAUCAGACCCAUUCCAUGGACCGUACUAUCGGAUGUGGGCAUCUCUGCACCAAACAGCGCUGCUGCUGAUACACGGUAAACUGAUCAUUCUCCUCUCCUACGCCGUGUCCCUGGUGACCUGGCAUCCCCGCAGGCUUAUGCAACAACCUUCACAGAAACUAGACUGAGUGACACUCUGAAGGAGUUUGCUCAGUGGUACAGAUUCCGUUUUGUCCAGAGAUCGCAGGAAUGAAGUUGCUGAGGAAAAAAACGUUAGAUGACAGGAGCAACGUGAACAAAAAAAGGAAAAAGAAUGGUAAUGCAGCAAUACCGUCUGCCUGGUUUUUGGUGGAAAGUUGUGUUGGACAUCUAGAGAUUGUAAAUUCUGGGCUCCAGUAGGGCAGCAAUACCCACCCGAUGGGGAUGGCGGGGGGGUGAAUUCAGUUGCUUUCCUUAUGCCACCAACUGUGGCCCAUGAAUAUUCUGGCAAAACCCCUGCAAUAACAACUUCAAUGGACUGCAAGCUGUGUCCUGAUGGAUAGAAACUGUGCUACGCUAGAUCCUGUUUUCUCAAAAGGCCCUUGCUCCAGGAGAAGAUGAAGAAAAUGCCUCAGACACAAUGAAACUCUCCCAUGAAGGACUGACAUUAAUGACUGGGAGGAACUUGCUACCGAUCGUUUUAGAAUGAGGGUACAUAAUUCUGAUGGGACAGCCGGUUUCAAGUGACCAAAGUUCUUGAGGCCUGUUUGGUGACCUGAAGACCCAUGGUGGAAACCCUCCUCCCUGAGUUGCUGAUAUCUCUCCAAUUGAGGGAGGGGGCCUGUCUGGGAGCUAAAUAUUCAGGACAUGUGGCAUUGUGAAUCCACAGUUUGAUGCAGAACAGGAGGCCUACCCGCACCAUUGUGAGCCUCUCUGUCAACCUGAUAACAAAAGGAAAUUAAAGAGCUGCAUAGUGAC